AUGGACUACAACUCCAUACCAUGUUCAGACUGGAAUGAAUCCCAUGUUAGCUCAUGGUUACAGAGUAUUGGGCUAAAACCAGAGUACAUACAGAAACUUGAGAAAGAAGAGGUAACAGGACCUGUUCUUUCAACUGUUGAAAAAUCAUACUUGCGCGAAAAUGGUUUGCCAGGUGGUCAAAUACAGCUUCUGCUACGUAAAAGAGAUGAGCUUAUACAGGAGAAGUCAAGAGCAAGUAAAAAUAAAUCCUGUCAUGAUCAAGAAGGCAGAAAGGAUGCACAACCUAAUGCUGGGUCUUCCAAUGAUGUUACUGAACUGGAACAAACGUUUUCAGCUAGUGAUGACUCUGCGACACAUGUAUUUUUGACAGCAAGCCGGUUUCGAAAAUUUGAUGUUAAUGAUGAACACUUCAGCUACAGAAAAAAAGCCAUACUUCCGCCAGAAACAGGAAUAGACAAUCUGAUCACUCCAUGUCAUGAGUAUAAAUCCCUGGAAAAUGCUUGUAAAUUGGAAGCAAGAAAACUAAAGAUCAAAUUUGCCAGUGAAGUUAUUAGAUUUGCAUGUGCAUGCAUGAAUAUGCGUGCAAAUGGCACAAUCCACUUUGGAAUCAUGGACAAGACAAAAACAUCCUAUAAACAUGGAGAAAUUAUUGGAAUUGAAAUUGAAAACAAAGAGGAUUUUGAAGAGGCAUUAGACUACAUUGAAAAUUGUUUUCCAGCACAACAGCACCCUGAUGCCAGAAAGUGUAUCAGGUCUCCAAAAUUCAUUCCAGUAAUUGAUGAAGGAAAUCCCACCAGCAAGUGGAUUGUGGAAGUUGAUGUAGUUCCCAUGGUGAAUAUUGUGGGGGGAAAACUAUACAGUGCCCGUAUUCCAAAGUUCAAUGAGAAAGCCAACAAAGUUGAAUAUGAGCAAAAAGCUUACUAUCAUAGAGUAGGUGCUAACACACCACGUAUUACUGAGGAUGAACUUGUCAGUUUUAUUCAAGGCCUUAAAGACCUUGACCAAACAAGAGAACAGCUAGAAAACUACCAGAAUCAGACAGAAGUUCAUUCAAAAGAGGACCUAGGAAGAAAACUGUCUGUCCUUCUGACACGUGGCAAGAAAUACAUGGACAACACAAUGCGUUACAUCAUUGUGUCCAACAGAUUUGAUCAAGAAAACCUGCUGAACAUCAGAUUCCUUGCACACAUGAAUAUGUUUUGUGUUUUCGACUUUGAUCCUGACUCUAAAUCAUCUGGAUUUUGUCAUAAUUACCAAGAGCACCAUGCAGUUAACCUUCACUUCCUGCAUGAUUAUAGUCAUAGGGAGAACAUGACCUUGACUGACUUUGUUAAAAAGUUACAACUCUACGACAGAACGAGCUGGAUUUUCUGCAAUGGCCGAAGUGAUUACAUUGGAGGUGAGGAUCCAUGUGAUGAAAAGACCUGGAUCAAAACUAAGAAGAAACUAUUGAAAAGAGCUAUAUCUGUUAUCUGCAAUGAAAUUCUCCCUAAAGGAUCAUUUGUUGUACUUUUCAUUCUCAUUUCUGAAGUUGAACAGCCCAUUGUUGACACUUUUCAUGAGUUCUAUGCUGAAAUGAGUGGACAUGAAGACAUUGUCAUCAUCUCUGAGUCAAUGGAGAAUUAUAAGAAAUGGUCAAGCCUUGCCCAGGUGUCUUGCUCACCAGAUGUGCUUGAACAAAACAGUAUUGUGGGUAUGCCAAUGAGUCACGUAGAUGCUACAAUUCAAAGCAUUCAACUCACCAGUCUUCAACCCACAAGACGUUUACCUGUGUCAAACAAAGGAGUAUGCUUUUUGAAACCUGUGGAUGAGGAUCAUAUGCUCUCCUUAGAAGUAGUCAGUAUUGACCAGUGUGAUGAAACAAAUGUAGAUUUAAUGGAGCAAGAACAAAUAAACAAAAUAGAGCAAUACUUCUAUCAUGGGGGGAAAAUUGAUUGGAUGAAUUUGUGGCUGGCUGAAAAAAAUCAGUGUGAGGAAGUAAUUAAGCGAGAUGCAUAUGAGGAAAUUUACAAAAUGUUGGAAGAUCUUGUGCUGAGUAACACAUCAAAAAGAUCCAUUGAAAAUAUUAACAUAUAUCAUCAUCCGGGCAGUGGUGGAAGCACAGUUGCUCGACAGAUUCUCUGGAACUGGAGAAAAAAAGUAAGAUGUGCUGUGGUUAAACAAUCAUACCAGGCUGCAACUGUUUGUGAGCAUGCUGUAAUGCUUAGGAAUUAUCAGGAGGAUGACAGGAAUGCUUGCUUACCUGUGCUUUUGUUGUUGGAGGAUUGCAAUACAGAGUAUCAGGAUGACCUCAAAAGAGAAUUAAGCAAUGCUGUUGCAACAUUGAAGAUAAGUUCUUCAGUUCUGUGUUUUAUUAUUCUCUUCUGUAAAAGGUUUCUUGAUCCCGAAAAUAUGUGUAAAGCCUUGCCUUUACGCACAGUUGCAGUUACACACAAGCUAUCACCCGAAGAAAAGAAACUCUUCUCGAAAAAAGCAGAAAAUCUCAAGCCAAAAUUUGAACCAGAGUUUAUACUUACAUUUGUACUCAUGAGCAAUGAGUUUCAACAGUCUUACAUCACAGACUGUGUUGGGAACCUGCUGAAGGGAAUUGAUCAUUCAUGUCUUCAGACACAGUUGAUCAAAUUCGUGGCACUACUGAACAGCCACAUUCAAAACUCUUAUCUGUCAUUAUCCCACUGUGAGGCAUUCUUACAUUUAGGGAUUCAGUUGGAAGGAGUUCGACACCAUACAUUUGAAAAUGCUUUAAGUGAGCAAGCUAAGUUUUUUUUCAUACAGCUCAAAUCUAGUGAAACACAUAUUUCCUCUGUUAGGAUAAUUCAUCAUUUGGUAGCUAAAGAGAUCCUGAAGCAGCUAUCCAGCCGUCAGCCACAGAGUGCCAUAGCAAUGGAUCUGCUCCAAAACAAAGUGCUGUUUGACCACAGAUUUGGCAAGGAUGAAUUUCAUGAAUUUUUCAGGGAUCUGUUUAUCAAGCGGACCAAAAGAAGCAAGGGAGAUCCGAACGACAGUUGGUUUUCUCCCUUAAUAGAGCAUGUAUGGAAGACAGAGACUCUGGAGAAAGCUAUUGACCUGCUGAAGGUAGCUUAUGAGCGUUUUGAAGAGGAUGCUUUUGUUGCUCAACAACUUGCACGACUCCUUUAUGAAGGCAGAAGGUUUGAGGAAGCUCAGACUUGGGCUGAAAGGGCAAAGUCUCGUCUCCCGCAACACACGUACAUACUUGACACAGUGGGCCAAGUUUACAAAAAGUGGUUCUAUCACAAACAUGACGCUAUUCUUGAAAAAGAUCCUAUUAAACCAGAUGACAUUACUGAUAUCAUUGAUACAGCUCUUAAGGGUAUAGGUGCCUUUAGAGCCUCUGAAAAAUGUCCACAGCUACAGAGAGUUUGCUUAAAUAAUUCCUAUUUUGGAGAAGUUGAUAUUGGGUGUCGAUUGCUUGAGCUGCUGUCAUAUGUAGACACUUUUGCUACUAAAGAGGGAAAGUCUAAAUUGAUGGAUUACCUGCUUACUGACUACAUACCAGAGGAAGUACAGAAGCCUUGGCAAAAGUUUCAUGGUCUUUUAAAAGGAAUGAAAAAUAGCAUCAGAAUUGCCAUGGAAUGCAUCUGUGAGGAUCUUGCUCGCUUUCAGAUUUACAGUUCUGAGGAAGAAGCGGAGUUAGAUGAAGGAGAACCUGAAAAAAUAAAUAAUCCUAGAAAAUGGCUCCUAAGGAAAAGUGCUGUGUAUGCCAAGUUUUUUUGUGUUGACAUUCAAAAUGAUGAUGCUGUUGGUAUUGACACAGUUUCCCCACUGAUGAGACACAUGAAAAUUUUCCAACUUGGAGGCGGUAAUGUCACAACAAUUCUUUAUUUGCUCUCUGAUAACAAGAGACAACGAGCUGGUGAAAAGCUUGAGAAAAUAAUCAAUCUAUUUCCAGCUGACCUUAAAGAUCUUGACAAGACAGAACUCAUAAACUUUAUUUUCUGCCACAUCGCUCUCUCUUGUUCUUCGCCUGGCUCUGGGACACUUCUUUCCAUUCAAGAACUUCAAGAUCUCAGCAGACAGUUUUGCAGUGAAAGAAGAACAGCUUUACCAGCAACUGCAUACUUUCUUCUUUCUCUGUUGUUCUGGCCAGAAGACUUGACAAGCACAGAGCAUUCUAUUACACGAAGUGACAUUGUAACAAAUGCAAUAAAUGCACUUCAUAGGUAUGAGUUAAAACCCACAGCAAUUAGGAAAGGUAAGAUUUUAACUCACUUUCUUCUCGGAAAAGCAAGGGGUCUCAACAAAAUUGUCCACAAGACCACAAUUGAAAAAUUCAUCAAGGGUACCUUGAAUGAGAGACGUCUGAAGUGGCAGGGUGGUGAAGUAUGGACAAACCCAGAUGUUGUGCAACUGCUAAAACGAGUUGCUGGAUACACUGAAAAUGGAAAUCUGUUCAUUCGGGUAUCUAAUAGCAACAUCAGAGUCAUUCCACUCUUUUCUGCCUCUUUGCCAAAUUCAAAUGAAAAUGUGACCUUCUACCUGGGCUUUUCGCUUCAUGGAGUGGUAGCCUUUGACAUCAAGGUUUUAUAGUGAAAUUUGAGUUUACCAAUACUUUUCUGAUGAUAAUGAUAAGAACAUCUAUUGAAUAUCUGCAUACUGUUUGGGAAUUUUAUAUUAGAUUAGUUUUGUUAAUUUUUUACAUUGUGAUUGUCCAUGUGUACCACAUAAUAGGAGAGAUUUUUAUAUGUAUAAGAAAACACAAUAAGGAUAUGGAUUUUGAAAGCGCUACUUGCAGGAAGCUUUAUUAUACUCAGAAAAUUACAGAAGGUAUAGCCCUCUUUGCCUUAAGCAUGAAACACAUUUUACAAGGUUGUUUAUUGUUUCAUUAAACUGUUUUGAAGGAAUAAACAAGUAGCAUAUAUCAAAUUAUUUAACAUUUAUGCAUGAAAUUAGCAAGUUUAUAGCAAAUAAUUUUUGAGAUUUUUUUUUAUUUAAAUUACACAUUUAUUGCUUAAUCACUUAUUUUUAUUGAGCCUUGACUUUCUGACAUGUAUCAAUACAUUACAACUGGCUUUAU